CCUUUCCCCCGCACGAGAAGGACCCCAACGGGCUGCGCAAGCAAAACGCCCGUUUACCGAAAAAAAAAAGUAAAUUUCGGUUGAAAACGGGUUUUCGAGAAGGGGGGGGGGCGGAAAAAAAAAAAAAAAAAAAAAAAACAAACAAACCAAAAAAGUCCGGCGGUGGCGGGUGGCAGGAAGCGAGCAGGCGGCGCGCGGGCGGGGCGGAGGCCCCCGGGAGCGGCCAUGGCGCGGCGGCGCGUGCCGGUGGUGGACGUGCAGAGCGACAACUUCGCGGAGCUGUGGCCGUCGGUGGUGCUGGCCCUGCGCACCGCCACCUUCGUGGCCGUGGACACGGAGCUGAGCGGCCUCGGCGCCAGGAAGUCGCUGCUGAGCCCGUGCAUCGAGGAGCGGUACCGGGCUGUCUGCAGCGCGGCCCGCAGCCGCGCCGUCCUCUCCCUGGGCAUCGCCUGCUUCAAGCGGCUCCCGGAGAAGUCCGAGAGCGCGUAUCUCUGCCAGAUCUACAACCUGACGCUGCUCUGCAUGGAGGAUUACGUUGUCGAGCCCCAGUCGGUGCAGUUCCUGGUGCAGCACGGCUUUGAUUUCAACAAGCAGUACUCCCAGGGGAUUCCUUACCACAAAGGCAACGACAAGAGCGAUGAGAACCAGAGCCAGAGCGUUCGGACUUUGUUUCUGGAGCUCAUACGAGCAAAGAAGCCUCUCAUUCUUCAUAAUGGCCUGAUCGACCUGGUCUUUCUGUACCAGUGCUUUUACGCUCAUCUCCCCGACAGCCUCGGCACCUUCACCGCUGACCUCUCGGAAAUGUUUCCAGCAGGAAUAUAUGACACCAAAUAUGCUUCAGAGUUUGAGACUCGCUUUGUAGCAUCCUACUUGGAGUAUGCUUACAAGAAGUGCCAGCGAGAGAACUGCAAGCUGAAGGACUCCGGCAGCCAGCACCUCACCAUUGAGUUCUGCAACUACCCUGCCAACAUGUCCCGUUACAUCGACUAUCGCCACUGCGCUUUUGAAGAAGAAAGCCACAAUGUGGGAGGGGGAAAUAAGGUGCCUGUCUGUGAGAAAUUUUCGGCCUAUGGCUGGUGUCCAAAAGGGGUGAAGUGUCCACAGUCUCAUAACAUUGACCUCAUAAUUGAUGAGGACGACAGGCUUUGGGAGGAGAAGAGGAAGAAACGGAAACACAAGUGGAAGCGUCGGAAGAACACAGCAGAGCCUGCAAAGGUGUUCAGGCAGGAAAGCUCAGGGAAAGAAACGGAGCUAGCUCAGAAUGGAGAGGAGGGACCACCACGAAAACAGAGCUGCUAUGAGGCUGCAGCUGCUACGGAGCUGGAAGAGAUCACACCCAACAGUGAGGGCAGGCCACAGGAGGAGAAUUCCAUGGACGUGGAACCGGAGGUCAGCUCAGAUACCAGCACACAACGGGAAGAGGACCUGGGAAGCACUGAAGAAAGCACUGCCCAGGUAGCAGCUGCUGUGAGCCCUUCUGCCAAGGGAAAUGCCUCUGCCAGUGGCCAAGUGGAAGAGGAGAAGUCAGAGGUUUCUGCGGGGGUGGGCUCAGUCGGUCACCCAGACAUCCCCGAGACUGAAGCAGCAUGUGCUGCAGAAAAGGAGAAGGAAACCCAUGCUCCACCUUCCCAGGGAGGCACACACCGAGCUGGCUUUGAUGCGUUCAUGACUGGCUAUAUCAUGGCUUAUGUCUGGAUGCUCAAGAAAGGAAAAAACACAGAUGCUGGUGCAGGGCCUUGGUUACCAGACUGCCAUAAUAAACUAUACCUCAGUGGGAAAUCAGUGCCACUUCAAAUAGUGAAGAGCUUGUUUUCUAAAUCUUCCAAAGCUCACAGCCAGAAGAUGAAGUUGGCCUGGGCCAGUGGCUAGAGCUAGAGGACUCCUCACUGAACUGGGCUUUUUUUCCCCUCAAGUUUUGAAGUUCUUUAUUCCGUCAAGAACUGACCAGAAGGGGAGCAAGUUUCUCACUUUUUUGUUUUGACUUCUGACUGAUUAAAUUGCUCUCAAUUGGA